AUGCGGUUGACACGCAAACUGGUUGAGCGCAAGAAGGGCAGCGUCGCAGCUGAUGCUGAAAGCGAGCCACAGUCUUCCCCGUUUCUCAAGGUGGGAGCCGAGAUCCGACUCCUGGUGUACAAGCUCUUGGAGAACCUCCCAGACCACGACGGCGACACCGAUCGACAGCAGACAAAACAAUACGAUGGCUUCAGCAAGACGCGCAAAUCUCUCCUCUUGACAUGCCGACAGAUCAAUGUCGAGUUCACGCCUCACUUCUACCGCUCGACCACCUUCUCUCUGCGAUACCAGAACCACACGCCCAACGAGUUCUACAAACUCCUGCGCACAAUGCACCCCGCCAAGGUGGGCAAUAUCCGGCAUCUCGAAUACCGCAACCGACAGUACCGACCGACCGACUUCGCCGUGUUGGAAGACAUGCCGCAACUACUGGCCCGCGCCGGGCUGCACCUCGAAACCUUCAACGUCGUCCACGGCGACUAUGUCAGCAGCUCUAUCCUCCGCGCGCCUCUCGCCAUGGCCAUCCUUGUACUCGACCUCGAUCGGCCCAUGCCGUCUCCGGACAUGAGCUGGACGACCUUUGACCAUUCGGCCUGGGGAAGUGUCGCUCGGCCCUCGUAUGCGGUCAAAUUCCGGAUCUUCGAGCACGAAGUCACGUACGAGUUGAUGCGUGACGCGGCUAUUCGACGCGAGCAUGGUCCAAGUGGUUUCCGCAUCUUGUUCCGCAGAAAGCGUGGCGUCGCUGACUACCUUGCCGUCCACCCGCCUGUCAGACCCAAAGUGGUGUUCGUGGAUGAUGGUCCAACUCUGGCUGGUGUCCUUUGGCCUUUGGUGCCGAGAAGACCUGACCCUGUUGUUGGUGAGGACGGGAAGCCUGUUGCACGUCGCAGACAGCUUCGUCUGGAUUAA